UUUUGUUACCAGCUUCUUAGUAAACGUCUGGCAACAUCUGUGGAGAGAGAAACAGUUAACAUUUCGAGUUCGCUAUGACUCGUGUUCAGAACUCCUGCUCGGUUUCUUCAGCCGAAUCUGGGUUUGUUUAAGAUUUCCAGCAACUACAGGGUUUUAUUUUUGACUUGGUAAAAACAGCUUCAAUCUUACCUUUGCACAAUUUUACUAAUGUCUAAUAUUCAAAUACAAUGGAGCAGUGGCUAGUUCAAUAUCUAAACAUGGAAUACUAUGCAUCUCGCAUCUGGGAUUGUAAGAAAUUUAACGGGACUUCCUUUGGGCAUAUUAGCUGACUUCCUGAAGAACAUCUUCCCAGCUCAACCCGGCAAGAGCAUUUUAUCCCGUUCAUUAGAGUCAACGGGGAACACAUUAAAAAGCCGAUCUGAGGAAAAGGGUGUGUGGCAUCCCAUCAGGGUCAAACUGCAAUUUAGUUUGUCUCUGACUAGGAGCCUUUGAAAUCCACUGGGAAACCAACGGGAUUUGUAACAGACUGUUUGGGAAUCCGGGAGAAUCCUCUUCCUGCGCCCUCCCCUUCCCUAAGCAUACAGAUGGUCAGACGUAUAGAGUAUACUGGAACAGAAAUGAGUUGUGAGAAAUUGCAGAUCCGGUUGGGAUUUUCAAAGCAAUGUUACCAAUGUUUGGGUCAGUGCCCCAAUCAGUUUGAUAACACCAGGUUUCCAUCCUCUCAGAAGUUGGGAUGAUCGCCUUUGGGGAAAAGUCUUUUUUUUCUGCCUUUAUUUCUACGUGUCAAAGGGCACGGGAAUGAUCCUUGUUUCCAGUGGCCCGCGUUCUAGGACAUAUCCCGGGACUUUUCCAAUGGCUCCGCGCUGACACUUUCCAACAUUUCCAAUAGUAGUCUGUCUCCACCUCCUCGGUGUUUUCUUUAGGUGCUGCGUGUUUGAACGAAUGAGCACAAUGAGAAAGUCGAGGAAAGAGCCGGUUUAAUGGGAACCAGAUGUGGGAGAGUGCGGCGAGACUUGUCGAUCAGUUUCGGCCUAAUCCAAUGAGGGCCGGAGUUGGGGAGCUCUGCCCUCUCCCGGGGGCUAUUGGCUGUUCUUGGGGUUAAACAUAAAGCCAGCUAUAAAACCAGGAGAUCAGAGCGAGAGAGCCGCUUCUCCUCCCCUUUCCUAUCCACUUUGGAACACAUCUGUUCGCUUCCAGAAAUGCAGGGAAGGGGCUUCAUUUCCCUGUUCAAACUGCACUGGCUUCUCAGCUUGGUUUCUGCAAUCGAAAGAGAGGAGCUUUUCCCGUUUGGUCCACACACACAAGACCUGACCCUGCAGCAAGGCGAUGAUGAAACCUCUCAAGUUAUCCAACUCAAAAGGCCAUUUGUCUUUUAUGACACACAGUUCAGUCACCUCUACGUAGGAACGAAUGGGAUCAUCUCCACGCAGGAUUUCCCCCGAGAGACUCAAUAUGUGGAUGACGGAUUCCCCACUGAUUUCCCGGUGAUAGCGCCUUUCCUGUCAGAUAUCGACACAAGCAAUGACCGAGGGCGGAUUUAUUACAGACAAGACGAUUCCUCGGAUGUCCUUGGCCGCGCCGGCCGGGAGAUCAGGAGAGGUUUUCCUCAAAGCUCAUUCACUCCGACCAACGCUUUUAUCGCCACUUGGGAGAACGUGGCGCCUUAUGAGGAAGUGUCGCGCUCGGUUGCCUCCUCUGUCAGGUUCAACACCUUUCAGGCACUGUUGGCUUUUGAUGAGUCAAACACCUAUGCAAUUUUUCUCUACCCAGAAGAUGGGUUGCAGUUCUUUGGAACUCGUCCUAAGGAGUCCUACAAUGUUCAGAUAGAGCUGCCUGCUCGCGUGGGCUUCAGCAGAGGGGAAACUGGGUUCUUUCUGUGGAAAAGUGAGGGUCCUUAUUACAGUAUUACCAGCAAUGAACAAUCUGUGAAAAACCUAUAUCAAAUGGGCAAUUCAGGUACUCGAGGAGUUUGGGUUUUUCAUAUCGGUGGAGCUUCCUCAUUUAACAAUGUAAUUCCAGCAAAUGUAGGAGGGACGCCUUCAAGAGAGGACUCUGUUGUAACAUUGGAUAGUGCUUUAAGUGGCCCAGUUAAGCAUAAUAUGUUGGAAUCUGAAUACACUGACAAUGAAGAUUACAAACAAUAUUAUGAAGAUGAUGAUGAAGAAGAGGAAUACAUGCCUUCUGUACCCACAGAGGCUGUGGAUAGAAUUGAUGGGAUUCCAGACAACCUACCAUAUCCAGAUGGAGGCAUUAUACCUUCCUAUCCUGAAGGUUACCCAGAGGCAGGCAUUGUGUCAUCAUACCCUGAGACUGGGGUUUUGCCAUCAUAUCCCGAGAGGCAACCUGAGGUUAUGACUGAGUCAAGGUACCCUGGUGGAUACUCAGAGGUUGAAUCUUUGCUGAGAAAUCCGUUACCAGUUACACAUAAUAGACAUAUUGUCAGUGUGGAAGAAGAUGAUGAAAUAGGUACUGGUGGUUUCACGUACAAUACAGGCACAAGGGAAACCUGUGCGAGAAACCAGGGACAGUGUUCCCAACAUGCUUAUUGUGCUGAUUACUCAACUGGAUUCUGCUGUCAUUGCCAUUCUGGUUACUAUGGCAAUGGAAGAGAAUGUCUACCAGAAGGUGUUACUCAGCGUGUAAAUGGAAAAGUAAAUGGAAAAUUAAUAGUUGGAGCCAAUCGAAUGCCUGUGGAGUUUCGGAAUGCUGACCUCCAUGCAUAUGUAGUUGUAAAUGAUGGGAGAGCCUUUACAGCUAUUAGCCAAAUUCCUGAGGUGGUAGGUUGGGCAAUGCAGUCGCUUCCUAUAAUUGGAGAUCUUUUUGGAUGGUUGUUUGCUGUGGAACAACCAGGCUUCAAAAAUGGUUUCAGCAUUGCAGGUGCUAAAUUUAUUCGCAAUGUUGAUAUCAUCUUCUAUCCUGGCAACGAGAAGUUAAAUAUAAUGCAAAUAGCUCAAGGACUUGAUACACAGAAUUAUCUCAGCAUUGCCACUGAAAUUGAAGGUGAAUUGCCUGAUAUUGCCCAAGGUGCUACGGUCCAGAUCCAGCCAUAUGAUGAACUCUACUACCGUUCUAGUUCUGCAAUUACCUCUACAACCUACAGAGAGUAUUCAGUUGAAACCAGGAAUGGUGGGACACAGACACUUCGAUAUCAGUUGAGGCAGAACAUUACUUACUAUGACUGUGAACAUGCACCAAGGACGAUUCCAGCCAGUCAACAACUUAAUGUUGAUCGUAUUUUUGUGCUUUAUGAUGAGAGUGAGAAGGUUGUUAGAUAUGCAAUGAUUAACCAGAUUGGAGCCGCCAGAGGUAACUUGAGGCCUGAUACAGUAAAUCCAUGUCAGGAUGGAAGCCACACUUGUGAUCCAAGAGCGCAAUGUUUUGCAAUAAAUGAACGUGAACACAUCUGCAAGUGCACUCCUGGCUAUGAAGGAGAUGGCAAAGUUUGCUCAGAUAUUGAUGAGUGUGCUGAUAUUAGCACCCACGAGUGUGGAGAACAUACUGUUUGCGUCAAUGUGGCUGGAUCCUAUGGGUGUGACUGCCAGCAUGGCUAUAAAAUUCUAGAGAAUGGAAACACAUGUGUUUCUGUUGACCAAUGUACUGAGGGUUUAUGUCAUUCACAUGCAACUUGUUAUGACACCCCUGGCUCGUACGUCUGUCAAUGUAACCCUGGUUAUGAAGGAGAUGGUACCCAGUGUAGACCAAUCGAGCCAGAACCUGUAUCACGCACAAAGACUGCUUGUGAGGAGCUGCGAGAUGAAGUGGAAGCUGAGUUCAGCCCCCGUGGCCCAAGACCCCACUUUGGUAUGCAUGUUCCUCAAUGUGAUGAGCAGGGCAACUUCAGACCUCUACAGUGCCACAGCAGUACAGGCCAGUGCUGGUGUGUAGAUGCAUGGGGCAGGGAAAUUUCUGGAACCAGAACACAGCCUGGAAAUAAUCUACCAACAUGUAGGCACUCAGAACCCAUUCAGCACUCAAAGACUGCUUGCGAACAGCAUCGAGAGAGACUGAAAACAGAGCUAAGUGUGCGUGGAUCUCCAGCUCUUACUGGAAUCCAUAUCCCUGAGUGCGAUGAUGAAGGAAAUUUCAGACCUCUGCAAUGCCACAGCAGUACUGGCCACUGCUGGUGUGUCUAUGAAAAUGGACAAGAAAUUCCAGGGACUAGGACGCCACCUGGAACUGAUCAACCACAGUGUGGACAGCCAGUAACAAAUGAACGUCCAAAGACUCUUUGUGAACAGCACCAAGAGAGAGUGCACUUAGGCUUGACACCUCUAAUUGGAGCCUAUAUCCCUCAGUGUGAUAAGCAGGGGAACUUCAAGCCUCUGCAGUGCCAUGGCAGUACAGGCCACUGCUGGUGUGUGGAUGAAAGGGGACAGGAAAUUCCUGGGACAAGGACACCACCUGGAAUUAGUCAACCACAGUGUGGACAGCCAGUAUCCACUGAACGCCCAAAGACUAUUUGUGAACAGCACCGAGAGAGACUGCGAGCAGAGCUGAACCUGCGUGGAUCACAAUCUCUUGUUGGGGCCUAUAUCCCUGAGUGUGACGAGGAGGGGAACUUCAAGCCUCUGCAAUGCCAUGGCAGUACAGGCCACUGCUGGUGUGUGGAUGAAAGGGGACAGGAAAUUCCUGGGACGAGGACACCACCUGGAACUGGUCAACCACAGUGUGGGCAGCCAGCAAACAAUGAACGUCCAAAGACUGCCUGUGAACAGCAUCGAGACAGAUUGCAAUCAGAGUCACGUGGAUCACAUCCUAUUAUUGGAGUCCAUAUCCCUGAGUGUGAUGAAGAGGGAAACUUCAAGCCUCUGCAGUGCGACAGCGGUACAGGGUACUGCUGGUGCGUAUAUGAGAAUGGACAGCAAAUUCCAGGGACGAGAACAUCCCCUGGAACCAGUCAGCCACAAUGUGGACAGCCAGCAAUCAAUGAACGGGUAAAGACUGCUUGUGAACAGUAUCAAGAGAGACUUCAAGCAGAGCUGCGGCUGCGUGGAACUCUUGUUGGAAUUCAUAUCCCUGAGUGUGAUGAGGAGGGGAACUUCAGACCUCUGCAAUGUCAUAGCAGCACAGGCCGCUGCUGGUGUGUAUAUGAGAAUGGACAGGAAAUUCCUGGGACUCAGACGCCUCCUGGAACUGACCCACCCCGCUGUGGCGUACCAGAAAUUAAUGAACGUUCAAAAACUGCUUGUGAGCAACAUCGAGAGAGACUGCAAAUGGAAAUGAGCUUGCGUGGAAAUCAAGCUCUUGUUGGAAUCCAUAUCCCUGAGUGUGAUGAAGAGGGGAAGUUCAGAUCUGUGCAGUGCCACAGCAGUUCAGGCCACUGCUGGUGUGUAUAUGAAAACGGACAGGAAAUUCCGGGAACUCGGACACCACCUGGAAGUGCUCGACCUCGCUGUGGGCUGCCAGCAGCCAGUGAUCAUCCAAAGUCUGCUUGUGAAGAACAUCGAGAAAGGAUACAAACACAGUUGAGACUGCAUGGAUCACAACCUCUUAUUGGAAUCCAUAUCCCUGAGUGUGAUGAGGAGGGGAACUUCAGGCCUCUGCAAUGCCACAGCAGCACAGGCCACUGCUGGUGUGUAUAUGAGAAUGGACAGGAAAUUCCUGGCACUAGGACACCUCCUGGUACUGAUCGACCACAGUGUGGACAGCCAGCCACUGAUGAACGCCCAAAGACUAUUUGUGAACAGUAUCGGGAGAGACUGCAAGCAGAGCUGAACCUGCGUGGAUCACAACCUCUUGUUGGGGCCUAUAUCCCUGAGUGUGAUGAGGAGGGGAAAUUCAAGCCUCUGCAGUGCCAUGGCAGUACAGGCCACUGCUGGUGUGUCGAUGAAAGGGGACAGGAAAUUCCUGGAACAAGGACACCCCCUGGAACUGGUCAACCACAGUGUGGACAGCCAGUACCCAUUGAACGCCCAAAGACAUCUUGUGAACACUAUCGGGAGAGACUGCAAGCAGAGCUGAACCUGCGUGGAUCACAACCUUUAGUUGGAGCCUAUAUCCCUCAGUGUGAUGAGGAGGGGAACUUCAGGCCUCUGCAGUGCCACGGCAGUACAGGCCACUGCUGGUGUGUGGAUGAAAUGGGACAGGAAAUUCCUGGGACAAGGAUACCCCCUGGAACUGGUCAACCACAGUGUGGGCAGCCAGGACCCGUUGAACGUCCAAAGACUAUUUGUGAACAGCACCGAGAGAGACUGCAAGCAGAGCUGAGUCUGCGUGGAUCACAACCUCUAAUUGGAGCCUAUAUCCCUGAGUGUGAUGAGGAGGGAAACUUCAAGCCAUUGCAGUGCCAUGGCAGUACAGGCCACUGCUGGUGUGUGGAUGAAAGGGGACAGGAAAUUCCUGGGACAAGGACACCACCUGGAACUGGUCAACCACAGUGUGGACAGCCAGAACCCAUUGAACGCCCAAAGACUGCUUGUGAACAGUACCGAGAAAGACUGCAAGCAGAGUUGAAUCUUCGUGGAUUGCAAACUGUUGUUGGAGUCCAUAUCCCUGAGUGUGAUCAGGAGGGGAACUUCAAGCCUCUACAAUGCCACAGUGGUACAGGAUACUGCUGGUGCGUGGAUGGAAGAGGACAGGAAAUUCCUGACACUCGGACUCCUCUUGGAUCUGACCAACCACAAUGUGGACAGCCAGAACCCAUUGAACGCACAAAGACUGUUUGUGAACAGCAGCGAGAGAGACUGCAAGCAGAGCUGAACUUGCGUGGAUCUCCAGCUCUGGUUGGUGCCUAUAUCCCUGAGUGUGAUGAGGAGGGGAACUUCAAGCCCCUGCAAUGCCAUGGCAGUACAGGCCAUUGCUGGUGUGUGGAUGAAAGGGGACAGGAAAUUCCUGGGACGAGGACACCCCCUGGAACUGGUCAACCACAGUGUGGACAGCCAGAACGCAUUGAUCGCCCAAGAACUGCCUGUGAACAGUACCGAGAGAGACUGCAAGCAGAACUGAACCUGCGUGGAUCACAGGUGGGGGUCCAUAUCCCUGAGUGCGAUAAGCAGGGGAACUUCACGCCUCUGCAGUGCCAUGGCAGUACAGGCCACUGCUGGUGUGUGGAUGAAAGGGGACAGGAAAUUCCUGGGACGAGGACACCACCUGGAACUGGUCAACCACAGUGUGGACAGCCAGAACACAUUGAUCGCCCAAGGACUGCUUGUGAACAGUACCGAGAAAGACUGCAAGCAGAGCUGAACCUGCGUGGAUCACAGGUGGGGGUCCAUAUCCCUGAGUGCGAUGAAGAAGGGAACUUCAAGCCUCUGCAGUGCCAUGGCAGUACAGGGUACUGCUGGUGUGUGGAUGAAAGGGGACAGGAAAUUCCUGGGACAAGAACACCACCUGGACCUGAACAGCCACAGUGUGGACAGCCAGAACGCAUUGAUCGCCCAAGGACUGCCUGUGAACAGUACCGAGAGAGACUGCAAGCAGAGCUGAACCUGCGUGGAUUACAGGUGGGGAUCCAUAUCCCUGAGUGUGAUGAGGAGGGGAAAUUCAAGCCUCUGCAGUGCCAUGGCAGUACAGGCCACUGCUGGUGUGUGGAUGAAAGGGGACAGGAAAUUCCUGGGACAAGGACACCACCUGGAACUAGUCAACCACAGUGUGGACAGCCAGAGCCUGUUGAAGGCCCAAAGACUAUUUGUGAACAGCAUCGAGAGAGACUGCAAGCAGAGCUGAACCUGCGUGGAUCACAACCUUUUGUUGGAGCCUAUAUCCCUGAGUGUGAUGAACAGGGGAACUUCAAGCCUCUGCAGUGCCAUGGCAGUACAGGAUACUGUUGGUGUGUGGAUGAAAGGGGACAGGAAAUUCCUGGGACCAGGACACCUCCUGGAUCUGGUCAACCACAGUGUGGGCAGCCAGAACCCCCACAGCGACAACCAACUGUGUGCGAACGGUGGAGACUGAGUCUUCUGGAACAUUACAGUGGCAGACCAGCUAAUGAUCAGUACAUUCCCGAAUGUAAUGAGUUUGGGGAAUUUAGUCCUUUGCAAUGCCAUGGAAACAGUGGUUACUGUUGGUGUGUCGAUAAAGAUGGUCGGGAAAUUCAAGGAACUAGGACUGAACCCGGCAGUCCACCUGCAUGUAUACCAACAGUUGCACCUCCCAUUACACAGCCUUCUCCAGCUCCUGUAGUGUCUGCACCACGCACGGGUACCUUCCUUUUAUAUGCUCAGGGCCAGCACAUUGGGUACCUGCCCCUGAAUGGUACUCAGCUAAACAAAGAGGGAGCCAAGAGCCUGUUAGCUCUUCAUGGUUCAAUUGUUAUUGGUAUUGAUUACGACUGCAGGGAUAAGAUGGUUUACUGGACUGAUGUUUCUGGCCGAACUAUUAAUCGCGCUAGUUUGGAACCAGGUGCUGAGCCAGAAACAGUUAUUAACUCAGACCUGAUUAGUCCUGAAGGACUAACCAUAGACUACCUCCACAGAAACAUGUUUUGGACUGACAGUGGAUUGGAUAAGAUAGAAGUUGCUAAAUUGGAUGGAUCUGAACGAAGAGUUCUUGUUGAUACUGAUCUGGUAAAUCCCAGAGCAAUUGCAGUGGACUCUCUUAAUGGCAACCUUUACUGGACAGACUGGAAUCGUGAAGCUCCUAAAAUUGAGACUUCUCGUGUAGAUGGAACUAACAGAAGGGUAUUAGUUACAAAUGACAUUGGAUUGCCAAAUGGAUUGACAUUUGACCCUUUUUCCUCACAACUAUGUUGGGCUGAUGCUGGAACCAAAGAUCUGGAGUGUGUGUUUUCCGAUGGUACAAGAAGACAGGUGGUGCAACGUGGUCUAAACUAUCCCUUUAGUAUUGUUGCUUAUGCAAAUCACUUCUACUACACAGAUUGGAGAAGAGAUGGAAUUAUAGUUGUAUCUAAAGAUAGUAACCAAAUUACUGAUGAGUACCUACCUGAUCAAAGAUCACAUCUGUACGGAAUAACUGUGGCCUACCCUCGUUGUCUGCAUGGAAGCAAAUAAUGAUUGUGCUGGUAAUGACAACUGUAUUUCAGCAUACUACAUCUGGAGGAAGAGCUCUAUUGGAGCACAAUGCUGCAUGGAUUGGUCUGUACUUUUCCUCCCAUUGUUAGUAGGGAACUGAAAAUGUUACAUGGUAACUAUAUUUUUUUUUGAGAGAGCUUCCAUACCUCAUGAUUUUCAAGAACACACUACUGUGCUGCCUUUUUGUUUUUAGUGGACUCAGUGACUGGUAUGAAUACAUGGUCAAUACCUGGUCGCUUAUUCUGAAAUUUAAAGAACACAAGCAUAAAUAGUUGUGUGAUGGACACAUAUCAAGUAUAUGAUGCAGUGAAGAAAAAGCACAAACUAUGGAAUAAAAUACUUCAGAGAUGAUUUAACAGAAGGUGAUACAGCACCAUACAAACAUUUCCUGUACUUACGAAUAGCUGCUUUACUCUAUCCUGCGAGUCAUUCCAACUUGCAUACAAAUCGACUUGUGAGCAGAUUCCAGAACGGAACCCAUUCACAACCUGAGGACUGGCUGAAUUCUUUUCCGAAAGGCUGGCAAAAUGUUUCAAUUUCUUUCUCAUCAUCUAGAAGUAACUGCACUUAUUUCAGAAGUAUUUAACAGUCAGCUUCAAACAACUAAACAAUCGUGAUUUUCAGAUUUGACAUCCUGAAUUGAUGUCUAAAACUUAACAAGAUUCAGUUAUUCAGUCAGAUAUUGUUGCAAUUGUUACCCUUGACAAGCUACAUAGAAGAAUCAGAUAUGAAUGUACCAUAGUCCAACAAAAUAAAAUUAGUUCCUGUUUAGACUGAAAAUAUUUCUCUAACCAAAACUGUUUUAACCAGAAAGCGAUGUUACAAGUUGAACUAAAGACUGAUACAGUAGAUGAUUUAGUCUGGAACAAAAGUAUAGCAAUACUGAUUUUCUUAUUGUAAAAUGCCUGUGUAUCAUCAGUAAAGCAACAUCUGCUCAACAUCAUUUAUGACUAGCCCAAGACAUUCAGGUGUAUGAUAUAUAUUACAAGCAAAACCCAAAAUGUCAGUGGACAUGUCAGACUAUUGCAGUAUUACUCGUAUUAAAUCAUAUUUGACCUGAGCUUACUUUUCAACAGCAAUAAAAAUUGCCAAACUACAAAUUUAAAAAAUCAUUGGACAUCAUGAAUAUUGUAAAACAACCUCAAAAUUAAACAUGUUUUUCCCUUAAAGAUGGCACACCAAUGUGUUUACACAUUGACUUACUAUGCAAUCAUUAUACAUUUCCCAAAUACAAGAGUGGUUUUUAAAUAGCCUAUUUAGCAGUCAACUGGUUCAGUGCUGAUGAUGCCAAUGUGGAGUUUUGCCUCACAUAAAUUUAUUCUGCAUAUUGUUCUGUUGCAGUAUUCCUGUUACAAGUAAAUAUUAGUGACUUACAUAAAAGGUACCUAGUCAUGAUGGUGAUGAGCUCAGUUACAGUAACACAAUAGUAAACAAGAGUUCACAAACUGGACUUCAGACGUGCAGAAUUUCCUCGAUCUGGGCUCCAAACAAAGCCAUGUGUGGCAGGAAGAAAUACCUCUGGAUAACCCAGUUGUUUUCCUCAUCAGGAAAUUAUGACAGUAUUUUGCAUCAGGCUUCCAAACUAGAUUAGGAAGAGUCUCGGUACAGAACAAUAUAGCAAUUUUGUAUUUAAUAUUGCUUUAAAAAUAACCACAAUGCUAUUAAAACAUUGUUUGGGUGGGGGGGGGGGGGGGGGUUGAAGUUUAAUAAUAAUAGUAUCUUCUAAAAAAUAAGUUGUGCUUAAUCAAGGCACUUUUUUGUAAUGUGGAAUUGAUUCUUAUUAAACAAUUCAGAAUUCUAGAUUUGACAUUUUAUCACAAAGGUAUUCUGCCAAGUAACAUUUAGUCAUUGCAAGAACAGUGCUCACCCUGCUUUAUCACACUGAAGCUGUCCAGACUUUUAGUGGACUUUACAAUUAUAGGUAGUGAAACCAACGUAGCACCCCUCUCCAAGAGAUCAAUAGCUAUAAAAGCAAGACAAGCAACAGCUUGUCUCUUCCAAAAGAUCGAAGAACACCUAAUGAGGCACAAAAUAUAAACUAGGUAGUGCAAAUUAUAUUAAAUUCAGUCAACAUUUUUCAGCCUAUUGGGCAAGCACUACAACUUCAUACUUCAUUGUGUUUCAUUAGUGUAUUGGAGAGAUGCAGUGAGAGCAAGGCAAAUCAAAUAGGAAUUUCCUGACUUUGAUGUUUUAUUGCAUAAGUGAAGAUUCCAGAAGUAGCUCUCCCAUUUACUCCAUAAUUUUGGUUAGUGUUGAUAGCUUCAAUCUUUUGUCGAGCCAGGAAUUGGUAAUAAACAAUAUAAAAGAAUAUUUAUAAACCUUAAACACUUUAAUCAUGUUUUAAAAUUGCUAAAAUUGUCUGGGAGUAGACAUUAUUUGCAAAAUCUGACACCAAUCUGCACUAUUGAUCCUAUAUUACAGUUACACAAAAAGUGUUUACAAAGUGUCUAAUGCUAUUGAAUACUCUUAAAGCAUGACAAAAAACUGAAGCCACAAAAAUAUUUAACUAGUAUUCGGUAAUUUGGUAUAACACCUCUUCUGUUUAAAUAGUUGAAUAAGAACUGGCAGACAAGUUUUAAAAAAAAAAUCUGACCCUUCAAUUGUUUCAUUAAUUAAUCCACAGUACAGAGUUUGUGAUUCUAUCGUGCUUUUCAAACACUAAACAUUUUAAAAAUAAUCCUGUUUUUAUUUCUAACCUGCUUCUCCAGGUGGAGACAGCAAAACUGCCAUUUCCAUAACCAUUAUCAUUUUCAAUUGGCUCGAACUAGGAUUCACUGCAGGUUACUACAGAAAAUAGUAUAAAUUAUUCAGCUUUUCCAAUUAUAAUAUUCACUAAAAUAUUUAACAAAUAUUGAUUAGUACAAGGUCUUGUGGUUUUACUAUCGACAAACAUUUAAUAAAUGAACCUGCUCUCAAACUUGUUUUGAAUGUUUCAUUUUACAUCAUACAUUGUAGUGCUUUCUCCAUGCAAACUUUUUUCUUGCACAUUAACAAUAAUUUUAACAACUUGAACAGUUUAAUUUUGUACUUUUUGCUAUUUCCUAUUGUGAAGCAUGUACAUUACCUGGAAUGUGUUUAACUUGACAAAACUCUUGUAACCACACUGUUGUAACUUUGUUCCAAUUUAACAAUAAAAUUCAAGAAACAAA